GACGCAACUGGAGGGGCGGGGCGAGCGCCUUGGAUGGUUUAUAAACGCGGCGCUAGAGCCAGGAGGGCAGAGCGAUUCGGACCUACAGCCAGGGUGUCCUUACUCAACCUGCUCCAGCCCAACCCAGUCCAGCCGGCUUUCAGUCCUGCACUUCUUCCGGCUCCGCGCCGACCGGCCCCGGUGCCCAAUGAAACUAGCAGCGAUGAUCAAGAAGAUGUGCCCGAGUGACUCGGAGCUGAGCAUCCCGGCCAAGAACUGCUAUCGCAUGGUGGUCCUCGGCUCCUCCAAGGUGGGCAAGACGGCCAUCGUGUCGCGCUUCCUCACCGGCCGCUUUGAGGAUACCUAUACGCCCACCAUCGAGGACUUCCACCGCAAGUUCUACUCAAUCCGUGGCGAGGUCUACCAGCUCGACAUCCUGGACACAUCCGGCAACCACCCCUUCCCUGCCAUGCGCCGCCUGUCCAUCCUCACUGGAGAUGUGUUCAUCCUGGUGUUCAGCUUGGACAGCCGCGACUCCUUCGAGGAGGUGCAGAGGCUCAAGCAGCAGAUCCUGGACACCAAGUCUUGCCUGAAGAACAAAACCAAGGAGAAGGUGGAUGUGCCACUGGUCAUCUGCGGCAACAAGGGCGACCGCGACUACUACCGCGAGGUGGAGCCGCGCGAGAUCGAGCAGCUGGUGGGCGGCGACCCCCAGCGCUGCGCCUACUUCGAGAUCUCGGCCAAGAGGAAUAGCAGCCUGGACCUCAUGUUCCGUGCGCUCUUCGCAAUGGCCAAGCUGCCGAGCGAGAUGAGCCCGGACCUGCACCGCAAGGUGUCGCUGCAGCACGGUGACGUCCUGCCCCGGAAUGCGCUGCGCCGCAAGGAGCUGCUGCGCGCGGGUGGCGGCCCUGGGGACGCCUUCGGCUUCGUGGCGCCCUUUGCGCGGCGACCCAGCGUGCACAGCGACCUGCGCUACAUCCGCGAGAAGGCUGGCGGCCAGGCCAAGGACAAGGAGCGCUGCGUCAUCAGCUAGGGCCCCCCCGCCGAGACCACAUGUUUAAGUCGCAUCUACUUCCAGCCCGGCCCCGCGCUCGCGGCUGGGUCUUCCCUCCCUGCCAACCCGGGUCGCGCCGCACGAGGCGCGAGAGAACCCGGAAGGGACAGUCACCUGCUCUGGAAGGAAAAAGGGCUGGCCCCCCACCCGCACACCUCCAGGGUGCGGGACGAGCAGAGGGAAUUAGUCUUCUUCUCACGGAGACUUUGAGGAGGGGGGCGGCGGCAGGGGGGGUAGUCUAGGGAGCACGGUAGGGCUUGGUGGAGCCCCAGACUCGCCGGCAGAGGGACAGUCGCUUUACCUGGGCAUUCAUCAUCCUGUCUGUGACCGCUGGUGAAAGCUGGCCCUUUGGACACCCAGGGGGUGCCGGACAAAUCAGUCAAGUGACUUGUUUACGUGUGUGUGUGUGUGUGUGUGUGUGUGUGAAACUGCACAACAGAAACAAAACAGAACCUUGCACUUUAAUAGUAGCCCUGGUGUCACUACGGACAUGAACAAAACCUUAUAAGGUGUUUAUACUGUGUCUCUGAAGUUGGCAUUGUCGUGUUUUUUAUAUACAUAUGGAAUAAAAUAAAAUUAAA